UCUGACGACAAAUAAAGUGUAUAAAAUAGGAAAUCCACAAAGCGGAACUGCUAACGUAUAAACACGAAGGGGGCUAAACACAGGAAGUAUCCGUUGAGUUUCUAGAAGAGGAGAAACAUCGCGGAUCAUCACCAGAGCUACUACAUCGAAAGCUAAAAUUUCAUCACGUAGUUUGAGAAUUUAUGCAUUCAUUUAAUAUAUAAUCAUAACACUGAUCCGACUUCAGGGAUUUUUUUUUUCUACAAACAAGGAACAAGAUGCUAAUUAAAGUGAAGACCCUCACCGGCAAGGAGAUAGAGAUUGACAUAGAGCCCACGGAUAAGGUGGAGCGGAUUAAAGAAAGGGUGGAGGAGAAAGAGGGGAUCCCUCCUCAGCAGCAGAGGCUGAUCUACAGUGGAAAGCAGAUGAACGAUGAAAAAACAGCAGCAGACUAUAAAAUCCAGGGAGGCUCUGUUCUCCACCUGGUUCUUGCUCUGAGAGGAGGAUGCUUGCUCCACCAUUCCACAAGCCUCUGCUCUACACCUGUGUUGUAGCCGUCACCGCCGCCUUAGCUGUUGCGGUGCCUCCAUGAAGCGACAAUGAAGACUCACAGCAAAUGGCUGAUCACCAGGUGGUAUUAUAGCCAAGGCAGAGCCUUUGGUAUAAAUUUUUGAUCAGGCUCUCUUAGUUCCAGAUGUUUCCCUGCAGCCAAAAGUUGGUCCCCCCGCCCUCAAGCUUUAAAUUUGCCAUGACGAAAUGCUCCAUGUGGUUGAAACGUUUCUCACAAUUAAAGAAAGCUUUGUCUUCAAGUUAGCAAACCACAGAUCAUUUUUUUUCUCUAUCUGCAUUUCUGAAGCAGACAUGUUUGCGAGGCCUGUGCAGAGUGAAGAAUUUACUAACGAUAAAACGCAGAUAACUGGACUGUGACGAUGCCUCCAAACUUUAUUAUUUUUUUUCUUGAUGCGUGCAUGUUUUGUUAUUGAGGAAUUGCCCCAACUAACUUAGCAUAAUUAUCUGAGGCAGCUGGGUAUGAUUUUCUGUUGAGAACCACUGAUGUUGAGCUGUUCAAAAGAUGAAUCACUGCAUAGUUAAAAGAAUAGUCCACAUUUAAGGAAAGCCACCGACACAUUUUCCACAUAAGAAAAUUGAUGCACCUCUCAUAUGAAUAAUAAUAAUAAGGAUGGAUAAGCUACUUUGCAAUGCACAUCCCUGGACAGCAGCUCACAUGCUGUUGUAGAAUAAAUACUUUAAAUUACAAACACAAAGGUUCAAAAUGAGCAAAAAAUGUCUGAAUAGUGCAAUGUGCUGACUGAAGUAAUCAUUUGUGACCAUAAUAACUAAAAAAAAAAAAAAAAACUUAGCAAUAAGAGCGAUAACAAAUUAAUUUUGUUAGCAGCUCUGAAUCUCUGUUAAUAACAUGUAAUGUGAAACAUGGUUUAAUCUGUGCAAAAAAAACAAAACAACAACUUUAAAACAGAAACUUGACUGCUUCUGUGUUUCGGUCUUCUACAUAACCUGCAGUGAGCUCUCAUUCCUAACUGUGAAUUUUACACUUGGAUUUGGACGUUUUCCCAGUCUUUGUGCUAAUCCCACUGCCUGCUGGGCGUAGCCGUAACACUGUGUUUAACAGGCAGUUACAGUUAGGUCGAUAAUUUGUUGGACAAAGACAGUUUUUGUAGUCCUGCUUCUGUGCUCCAUCACAGUGCAUUGUAAAUCAAUCAAUCAAGCUUUUAUUCAGGGGGUUUGUCAAAAGCAUUGCAUGAACUAUUUAGCAAUUACAGACAUUUUUAUACAUAGUUCCCAAAUUUUCAGAGGCUCAACAUUAGACAAACUACUGUAAUUUUUAAAUAGGACCCUGCAAUUAUUUUAAAAAAUUAAUUAAAAAAAAUAUUUAAAAAUUGUAUAAAAAAGAAUGUUGCAGUCUGGAAGUCUGGACCCCGUGGACUGGACCAAAUGUUGUUUCCUUCCUUGUAUGAACCUUAAGAAUGAACCAGAUUGUUGAUUUGGCCUAAAGUUUUUGCUCUCUGAAUGAUGGCCUCCCUCACUUGCAUUGACACCUCUUGGAGCAUCAUAUUUAGAGUUCCAGUGAAAAGCUAUAAAAUAAAAAUUCAACACUUUGAAUCAACUUCAGAUAUUACGUCUGCUUCAUUUGACAUGAUGGCCAUGAAACGGCCUGUCUGUCAAUUGUCACAUUAAUGUUGAGCCUCUGAAUAAUGGGAACUGUGUAUAAAAGAGUCUGUAAUUCAGUUCAUGCAAAAUCUUUGUUAAACCCCUUGAACCGUCUGACUUCUAAGUCCACUGUGGUGGUGUACAGAGGCAUAACUACACAAAUUUUGUCUUUGUCUAAAAAAAUGCUGGGCCUAACCGUAUCAGAGGGGCAUAAAUCUUGAAUAUGUGUAUUUCCUAAAAUGUCAAACUAUUCCUAUAAUGCAAACUAACAAGUAAUGGAACUGUUUUGUGAUUUCUGUGUCAGGAAAACCUCCCGCUACUUGUUCUAAAUCAUGGACGACAUGCAGUAGAUGGCUGCACGCCUGCUUUAUAAGCAGACUGAGCAUGUCCAUUGGCUAGGAUAAUGAUUUAUUUAAUGUGCUCAGUAGAACUGUUUUUUGUGCUCAUUGCAUAUUUGCGUUGCAAGGAGUGGAACUUCACUUUAUUCGGUUUGUACGUUCAGAGAAGCAUUACUGCAUCAGUUGCCGUGUGGCUCCCGUCAGUGUGUGCAGUCAUGAGAAACUGACUCAUGCGUUGGAUUAAUCUGUCACUAGAAUAAACUUAAUCCCG